GUGGCACGCACGCCUUCCAAUGGCGCUCUCUCUCUCUCUCUCUCCCGUCCGUUCAAACCCCACCCCCCAAAUCGCCACUUAAUUAACGCCCACAGGCCCCGGCGCGUUGGUUAAUUUUAAAUAACUUGCUAAUCAAGUUAUUAUAUUUUUUUUCUCAUUUUUAAGUUUUUCUAACGCUUGUUAACCAAGUUCUAAAUCGAAUUAAGCGCAAGAAACCGGCGCUCCUCCUAAUCCGUUACCCCCCGCGUCCUCUCUCUCUCCGCCGUUCCGAACGCCAUUUUUCCCCUUUCGAUUGGUUGUUUAUUCCUCCCCUUCGCCGCCAUCAUUCGCCCUUUUUUCCCUUCCCGUAUGCGGAUCCGUCUCCUUGUGCCCAUCGCCAUUCGCCACCACGCCCGCGCCUGAUCGGUGGACAUGCGGAGAGGGGGAGGGGGAGGGGGAGGGGGAGGAGAUGGUGGGGAUGGAGGGGGAGUGGAGGAGGCCACGGACUUCGAGGUUGGCAUCGUCGUGCCCAAGCUCUCGCGCUCCGCGGCGGGAGAGGACUGCGUGGCGAGCCUGGUGCGUGAGCUUGAGGGCGCCGGCCUGCUCGUCGAGCGCGUCCGCGGCGUCCCCGCCGAGUUCAUCAAGCUGUCCGCGCCCAUGGGGAUUCUGGGCAGAGCCGCUUCUGAGAUGCAGAUGAAGAAGCUUACCUACAUCGGAAUGGAGCUGCAGUUUGAAUGGGAACAGGUGGCAGCAUUCGUCAGGCAGCCUGAUGGUUCCCUCUUUAGCUGGCGAGAGCGUUUUACCUGUUUCCGCUACUUGAUAUAUGGCAUUGUGAACAAGACCAACUCUGAAAUAUCUCUCAAAUUUGACGAUAAAGAGUUCUAUUGGAAACAAAACGAGUCACUAUUGCGUAGGCUUGAAGAUGAAGGAGUUGUAAAGCUAGUCUUCCCUUUGCAUGAGGAAGUUAAAAGGAAACAGCUCCUGAGAAAUUGGGCACUUAACUGGCAUGACUUCACAUGGCAACCUAUUGAUGAAGUUUACUCCUAUUUUGGAACCAAGAUUGCAACAUACUUUGCUUUCCUAGGAAUGUAUACGCGUUGGCUAUUCUUUCCAGCCGUAUCUGGAUUGGCCACUCAGCUUAUAGAUUUUGGGUCAUUCCAGUGGCUGGUUCUUCCUGCUUUCUUUAUCUUCGUGAUUUCUUGGGCUGUCUUCUUUUUGCAAUUUUGGAAAAGGAAGAAUUCAGCACUUCUUGCUAGAUGGGGCAUUAAUUAUUCAUUUGCUGAAUACAAAGCUUCGGCCAACGAACUGGAACCAAUAAGGCAUUAUCUUUCUAUUGAGCGUGUGGACGAAAAGAAUUUUGAUGAUGCGCCUGCUGAGAAAAGGAGAUUGCAAAGAAAUGAGUGGUCUGGUGUCCUUCUAAGAAUUAGGAACAAUGCGAUUAUUGUUCUGGGUAUUAUUUGUCUUCAGCUGCCAUUUGAGUUGGCCUAUGCUCAUUUGUAUGAAAAAACUGAAACUGAGGCGCUGAGGUAUGUCUUGACUGCACUAUAUCUUGUUGCAAUUCAGUAUUAUACAAGGAUUGGUGGAAAGGUGUCUGUCAUUCUAAUAAAGUAUGAAAACAACCAAGGAGAACAGUCUAGUGCUGAUAGUUUGAUUUAUAAGGUUUUCGGUCUAUACUUUAUGCAAUCAUAUAUUGGGUUAUUUUACCAUGCAUCCCUUUAUCGUGAUAUUUUGACACUCCGGAAAGUCCUUAUUCAACGUCUAGUCGUGUCUCAGGUGUUGGAAAAUCUGAUUGAGAAUUCUAUUCCUUAUCUCAAAUACAGCUACAAGAAGUACAGUGCUGUUCACAAGAAAAGACAAGAGAGAGAAUCACCAUCAGGGAAGUCAGUUCGAUUAUCAACAAGAGUGGAGAAAGAAUAUUUAAAACCCUCUUAUACUGCAAGCAUUGGAGAAGAGCUCGAAGAUGGUCUGUUUGAUGAUUUUCUUGAGCUAGCUCUUCAGUUUGGGAUGAUCAUGAUGUUUGCUUGCGCCUUUCCAUUGAUAUUCUGCUUUGCUGCUCUGAACAAUGCAACUGAAAUAAGAGCGGACGCAUUGAAGUUGUUAGUCAUGUUGAAAAGACCUGUUCCCCGUGCUGCAGCUACAAUUGGAGCGUGGUUGAACAUAUUCCAGUUCCUGAUCGUAAUGGCAAUCUGCACCAACUGCUUGCUUCUUGUUUGUCUAUAUGAUGAGGAGGGUAAAUGGCGGAUUGAGCCAGGACUCGCGGCAAUCCUUAUAAUGGAGCAUGCUCUCCUCUUAGUCAAGUUUGGCUUCUCGCACUUUGUCCCUGAGGAGCCUGCAUGGGUGAGAGCAAAUCGAGUGCGGUAUGUAGCUCAGGCACAGACUGUCUGCUCUCAACAACUAUUGAGGAGCAUUUCAAAACUUGAUAGGAAAUGGGAGUGAGGAGCAUUACCACCUUCAGUAUUUAGAAGGCAAAGCUAGUUUUGUAAACUAGGAUAGAGCAGAGAUUUGUCAAUCUCGUGUAGGCAGUGUAGAAAUUUUAGUGCUCUAAUUACUGACGUCCUGGUGUUGCUAACUGUUCCCAUUGGUAAAUGUAUAUAUUGCUACGAGAUAAUUUAUAGGAGAUUGGGUGGGGGCAUGUUGCCCAUCAUUGUGAAGAUGUUACGGGUGGUUUCCUUGCAAGCGAGAUACAUCUGUGGUGUGAGUAUUAUUUUGAGGACCAUGGUUCA